AUGGCAGCCGAUCGGAAUUCAUGCAUGCACAAACAUCGGAAGCAGGCCCAUCUCGGUACGUACACCCUAGCCUCCAUCGCACUGCAACGCCUUCUGCUGAUCAAAUGGCAGGCUACCCAUCGAGUCGUCUACACGCCAAAGAAGAUUGUCGUGUGGCUGGCAGUGGCUUGGUCUAUCCCUCUGCUUGUCAUCCUCAUCCCACCACUCGCAGACGUGGGUGCGGUAGGGUACAACAAGAAAUACCAUAUCUGUGGAUUCCCAUCUACCAAUCAUCGCUCCCACGAUUACGAUCUCAUCCUAGUUAUUGUGUUAUACCCUAUCCCUCUCAUAACCAUCAUCAUCUGUUAUGCUCUCAUCUGGAAGCAUCUCCGCAAUCACGCUAAGAAAUUGACUGCUCCUGAAUCCUCUGCCAAGCUGACGUUUGCCCACAUGACUGUGGUGUCACAAUCGGUAGCUACUGUGAAUACAUGCAGUAACCAUGCAUCCACAUCCACACAAGGAACCCUCAGCCAAUCCCAGAUGAGUCGCCAUAUGACCGAGAUCACCAAGAACAUGUUCUACAUCGUCUGUGCCUUCAUUUUGUGCCUGACUCCCUGUGCCAUCUGCCUGUUAAAUGACGGAACUGACCCAUUCCUACCCUACGCCUUUGCGAUCAUGCUGUUCAACAGUUGUGUCAAUCCGCUCAUCUACGCCACCAAACACCGGGACUUCAAGACCGUCUUCCGUUGCAUCCUGCGCCGCAAGUGGGAGGACAUCCCAGAACCCUCGGAUUUCCUGAAGAUGCUGAUAUCAGGUGAAAGGCCAUUCUGUGGAGGUGUGGUCACCUAA